GAACAACUGCACAGACGCACACACACGCCUUCUUCCCUUUUGUCUUUGGUGCGUAUUGAGCGUGCGUCAGGAUUCAGCGUUCGGUUCCUUCUCGGCCAGUUCAUUUUUUGAGUUUCAGCAGCCAAAACAUUUCCGGUUUUUGCGCUCACGGGUUUUUAAAAAGUUUUCUCAGACGGAAAGUCUGAAGAAUACCCCUCUGGAAUAAUCUGCGUCUAAGUGGUGCGAUGAUGGAUUCGCGGAUUUUACCCGCUGCUCUCCUGCUUCUCUUCGGUUUGGCGACAGUUUUCGCUCAGACUUCCGCACCUGGCCAAGCUUGUGAGGCGAAGAAUGCGACAAACUGUGAGGAAUGUCUGCGAAAUGUGACGUGCCUGUGGUGCAUCACAACCAAGUCGUGUGUAAUGUAUCCAGUUAAGACCAUCCUUCCACCCCAUGCACUCUGUCCACUGAAUGAAGCACGCUGGGGGCUCUGCUGGAUGAACUUCCAGACGUUGAUAAUCACCUUGGCAGUAUUGGGUGGAAUUCUCAUCAUCGCCUUCCUGGUCUGCCUGUUCUGCUGCUGCAAGUGUGAGAACUUCGGAUCCAAAAGGUCGGAGGCCAAGAUGGAGAAACGGGCCAAUAAGACAAGAACCAAGCAGGAGGAAAGGAGGACAGAAAUGAAAGAGAGACAUGACGAUAUCAGGAAGAAAUAUGGUCUAAGUGGGCAAAAUCCAUACUCCAAAUUUGCAUGAGAGGACUUACACCACGACCGUUGGGUUUUUCCUUGAACUCUGACCUCUCACGCAACAGACAUCAACAACAUGUCUUGUAGACAUGAGAAUUUAUUUAAACUAUAACUCAUACAAUUUUAGAAAAGUGACAAUUGUUUUGUGUAUAUCUAUCUAUCUAGAUAUAGAUAUAGAUAUAGCUAUAUAGACAGGCUCGUCUGGCUUCCUCCAGCCAAUGAACAGGAAUGUUGUGUGAUGACCUAAGAAGCUGUAACCAAAAGCUAUGGCCGCAGUGUUCUUCAAUACUAUAAUAGUCUAUCCUGUGGCUAAUACUAUUUAUUAGGGUUAACUUUUAAGUUUAACUGUACAGAAUGGAAAAUAAUCCAGUUCAGUUGUAGGACCAACUUUCUUUUUUUUCUUAAAAUCUGUUUCAUCUGCAAAUCUGUUUUGUUCCGAUGAGUUGCUGCUGAUUUAGAGAUAAACUUAGAAAAUUAUAGCCUAUUUUUGUACUUUGUGAUUUUUUUUCUCUUGUUCCAAAUUGACUCAUCCCUUCUUUUUGUGGUACUGCUGUAUGUUUCACUGAAAUUAAUAAAUCUUCAACCCUUCUUCCGUAAUUUAUAAAGUAAUCAUUAAAUUCUUGAUUAUUGAAUGUGUUGAUCCUACAUUUGUAUGAGUUUGCGUGAUUCUACAUUUGCUGGUGUGUCUUGUAAAGGCACUCAAGCCAAAUAAAAGACUGGAAUAAUUA